AUGACGCCCCACCAUAACACUACCCCAGGCGUAAUAGUAUUGGGUUGGCAAGAAAGAAAGAAAGCUGCUGAGGCCCACAAAGAGAUAUGUGAAGUUUAUGGUGUUGAUUGCAUAACAGAUCGCACGUGUCAGAAUUGGUUUAAAAAAUUCCGUUCUGGAGAUUUUUCACUCAAAGAUGACCAACGUUCUGGUCGACCUACUGAAGUUGAUGAUGACCAAAUCAAAGCCAUAAUUGAAGAGGAUCGUCACAUAACUGUUCGAGAGAUUGCAGAGAGGUUAAAUGUAUCGCAUACAACAAUUGAAAAUCACUUAAAAUGUCUUGGAGUCGCUAAGAAGCUCGAUAUUUGGGUUCUGCAUAUAUUGAAAGAGAUUCACUUAACACAACGAAUCAAUAUUUGCGAUAUGCAUCUCAAGCGCAAUGAAGCCGAUCCUUUCUUGAAACGUAUCAUCACUGGUAAUGAAAAAUGGGUCAUGUACAGUAACAUUAUUCGAAAACGAUCAUGGUCCAAGCGUGAUGAACCAGCACAAUCCACAUCUAAAGCUGAAUUGCAUCAAAAAAAGGUCAUGUUGUCAAUUUGGUGGGACUACAAAGGUGUUGUGUAUUUUGAGUUGCUUCCAAGAAACCAGACGAUCAAUUCAGAUGUUUACUGUCAACAACUAUUGAAACUGGAUGAAGCAAUAAAAGAAAAACGGCCAGAAUUGGCAAAUCGCAAAGGAAUUGUGUUCCACCAUGAUAAUGCAAGGCCUCACACAUCUUUAGUAACUCGUGGGAAAUUAUUGGAGCUUGGUUGGGAAGUGAUGUCGCAUCCCCCAUACAGCCCUGAUAUGGCACCAUCUGAUUACCAUUUAUUUCGAAGUUUGCAAAACUCUUUGAAUGGUAAAACUUUUACAAAUGAUGAUGACCGUAUUAAUCAUCAGAUAUUAUUUGUACAAGCAUACGUAGUUUUAGAAAUAUUCUGA